CAGUGUUAGCUGAGCUCUUUGACGGAAGGGAGCCAAGUAACCCCAUUUGCUGCCUUUUUGCAAUGACCAGCAGCUUUCCCCAGCUGCCAGAGGGGAACCUUUUUCGCAGGAAGCCCAGUUCUACGGCAACACCAUGACCAGCAACAAUAGUCCCGAGGAGCCACUUUCCACAACAACUGUUAGUUCAGUCCUGGUUGAGGCUGGGGAUUGCAGAAUUGUCAUCGCUCUUCUUAAGUGUGGCAAAUGGGUACAGCUGCAGUUAGUUGAAUCACUUCCAAAUUUAUUGGAAAUUGGCAGCAAUGAAGAAGAGACCAAAAAAUUAUUAUAUGAUCAUGAACUUCUACUGUCUAAGCUUAAGCCCUUAGAAGGCCAAGUUUGGGAUCUCUUACGGGAAGCCGACAAGACAGCCACAGAGCAUCAAGAUGAAGAGCAGGUGUACGAAGCCAUGGCAGAGACUCUGGGAGAUGCCUGGGACUCCCUGACGAUUGUUCUGGAGAAGCGGAGGACGCUGUUAAAACUGAGCUUGGAUUUCUUUGAAAAUGCUCUAGAGUUUGCUGGCAAAAUUGACCAAGUUGAAGAUUUUCUGCAGUAUUCUCAAGAGUUUGAAAACCCCGAAUCUCUGAAAGAACUCUUGCAUCAGCACAAACAUCAUACAAAAGAGCUUCUGGAAAAAUCAUUGAGACUCUUAAACAAAAGCCAUGACCUAACUGAAUUCAUACAGGAAUUCAAAUCUGAUGGGCCAAACAUAAAUCCAAAAUUCAUUCAGGGUGCCCACAAUAGUUGUUUGAAAAUUGACAUUCUCCUUGAAGUCUUGCAAGACAGGAGGAGACAGCUGGACAAAUACUUGAAGCUGCAAGGUGAAGGAUUGGAACAGGUUUUGCAAAUCUGUCAAUGGCAUUGCCAGGAGAACCAGAUAACCUCUUGGUACAAGAAGAACAUAAAAGAUUACAUUAAUAAGCAAAACUUGGGGUCAUCUUUAAAGGAAAAUGAAGCAUUGCUUCAGGAACACAAGGAAAUGGAAUAUAAGGUUAAAGAAUGGAAUUCUGCUAUGCAAGGAUUAAAAUCAGAAGCACUCAGAAUUCUGCUUUCAGAGGAGUAUGCAGAAAAAGAGCAUCUAAAGCUUUCGAAUAAAAAAAUGAACUUACUGGAACAAGAAGUAAAUCGCUGUUUUGAAGAACGGAAAGCAUUGUUGCAAGAAGCCAAUGACUUCUUCAAUGCAGCAAGGAAGUUCUUGGAUGAUUGGGAUUCAGGAAAGAAUGGACUACAUUGAGAAAAAAGUAGAUCAAUUGAUCAAACAGCUUCCUGAUCAUGGAGAAUUUACCUCAAACAAGGAACACCUAGCCACUUCCUUAGAAGAUUACUUAAAGAAGGCAUCAAGAAAGAUUCAAAACAUUGGUCCAGUACUCUCGGCUGCAGUAAAUCCUGGAUCUUCUGCUCCUGAAUCAGAAGAAGUCCUGAAAAAAUAUUUAGAGCUGGCGAAUCAAACCAAGGAGAUGGCCAAUGAAGUAGAAUUGGCUGUAAGAAUUUGUAAGGAAAUGGGAGAGUUAGAAACCACUGAAAUAGCAGUGUUUUCAAACAAAACUAAGCUUUUAAAUGAAGAACUGACAACAUUGAACAGAAAUCUUUCCUUAAAACUCAAAAUCUUGAAGCCCUAUGUAGCCUUCUUAAAGUCAUCAGAUGAGGUGAAUAACAAUCUAAUAAUGAAUGUGGAAAAUGUUGUUCAAGUAACGGAACGUACCCUUGAUAUUCUGAACAAAGAAAAAGAAGAAUUAACCGAGCUUUGGGCAAGAUGGAAACUUAGCAUGAAUCAAGUGCAAUCAAUCAAGCAACAAUGUGGAAAAUUCAAUGAGCAAUUUAAAAAUACAACACAACGCUUAGUCGUUCUUCAAGAAGGACUCAGAUCUACUCUGGCACUUGAUCUUGGAAGUAAUCUUUCGGUACUUAUGGAAUUACAAAAUAAGUUUAAUGAAAUUAAGCCACAGUUUCAGCAACUCAAUGCUGAGGUGGAAUACACAUUAAAAUUAUCAGAGCAGCUGGGCUUGAAAGGAGCUCCUGACAUGGAAAAAUCUGAGAAAAUAAGUGAGCUCAUUCAUCUCCAUAAGGAGAUAAAGGAAAUGAUGGCAAAAUAUGAUGAAGUUUUCAACAAGACAGUCAAAUUCCACAAAGUCAGAGAGGAGCUUGAAGGUCUCAUAAAAUCAGGAGGACUGGAGAUCCUACAAAUGAAAGAUGUGCAAAGUGACACUUCCCAUGCUAAGAUCCACCUGACUAAUGCUCAGGAGAAGCAUGUGCAUAUCAGGCACCUGUAUAAACUGGCACUUUCGCUUGGAAUGGAUAUACUCUCAACCGUAAAACAUUCUAAUUCCUUUAAUAUUUCUGUAAAGAACUUACAGCAACAACUGGAUACCAUGGAGUCUGACAGCAUUAAAUGGGACUCCAAAGCUGAAAAGUAUGAGGAAGAGCUGUCGCAUGUCCUCCAUUUCUGCAUGACAAGGGACGAGAUACAUGAGCUCAGAGAAUCCUUUAAAGAUCUCAGGAAGAAAUUCAACAAUAUGAAAUUCAACUACAGCAAGAAAACGGAAAAAGCACGAAAUCUGAAGACUCUAAGAAUUCAAAUUCAGCAAAUUGAUGCUUUUUCUGAAAAAUAUCAGGUACUGAGAAACAAGUUAGAGACUCUAAAGAAGAAAGUUUUAGAUUCUCUAUCAACUCAACCAAGUGACAAAGCCGAAUUUAUUUCUGCGUCAGUCAAUGAAUUAGAGAAACAGCUGACUGGAUUUGGGAAGAUUAUGGAAGAUUACAAGAAAAAUUUGGAACUGAUGGAACAUUUGCAAGAAAUGAUGGAAGAGUGUCAAUUUUGGUGUGAAGAGGCAAAUGCAACAGUACUUAGGGUUGGUAGAUACUCAACAGAGUGCAAAACAAGGGAAGCAGUAGAAAUACUCUACAAGCAAUUCAAGAAGUUUAUUGAUCCUGUGAUCCCCCAGCAAGAGGAAAGAAUCCAGCAGCUAACUCACCUUGCUAAAGACUUAUACGGUAAUGAAGAAGGAAAGAAGCACGUUGAAAAAAUAACAGCAAAACACAAAGACGUUCUUGACUCUAUCAGUGAACUGUGUAGCUCCUUGACAGAACUUGAAGACAAGCUUGGGGAAGAUUCAUUAAAGGGGAAAUCACCAAAUUCUAAUAAAUGUGAUGAUGAGCUAAGAACAGAACAAGACAGUCAAAAAGAGAAGAUAGAUAAAGAGGAUGUAAAAGAAAGAAUAUAUGAGCUGAAGAAACAGGAAGAGAAGAACUUGGCUGAGACAUCAAUUAUCUGCCCAGCUGUUGAGGAUUCUAUUUCACAGGACACAGAGCUAUCUUUUGCUGCCAAGGAGGAAAGCUUUCACACUGAGCUCCUGGCAGAAGAUGCACUCUCUGGAGAGGAAUAUGAGUGUAUAUCUCCUGAUGAUAUCUCAUUACCUCCACUUUCUGAGACCCCAGAAUCCAACCUUCUGCAUUCGGAAACAGAACUAGAAGAACCACAUAGCAGUAGCUCCCGUAGUGUGCAUGUCAGUUCUUACACUGUGCAAAUGCCAAUAAGUGCUGGCAGUAAAACAAUGGAAGAUGAUUCUGAUCCCUUAACCUUUAUUGCUUCUGCUGAUGUGCCUGGCCACAGGAAGGAGUGCAUAUCAGAGCAGCUAGGAAGUUUUUCUUCUCCCACCCUAAGCAGCCAUUCCAAGGGCAAGAUGGAAUCUCUAUUUGCUCAUAGUUCUCCAGAAAUGCCCGCCACUUCCCCCGUUUCCUCUACGUUCAAGACAAAGGCUUUCUACUGCAUGAGGAGUGAAGUGCACGAGACCCAUUUGCAAUGCCGUGAGCUUCCCAGAAGCAUGAAGGAAGCCCAGAGCAAAUUGCAUGACGGAAAUAACUCUACUAAAAACCAGGCUAGGCUGCAUGCUUCAUCCAAUGCGUUUUCAGGUCUCUUUCAAUCAGACUCCACGAGAAACUGUCAGAGGGAGAUGGCUACCGGAGAAGAGGCUAAAAACAUAUCUGAAAAGAACAGCAAGGUCAGCGUCUCUGGACAGGCACCUCACUUCUCCAAGCUUCUGUCUAAUGUAACUGUUAUGGAAGGUGCUCCGGUGACUUUGGAAGUAGAAGUAACAGGAUUCCCAGAACCUGCAUUGACCUGGUACAAGAAGGGCCAGAGAGUGAUGGGAGAUGAGCACAUAAAGCUCUUACACCAGGAUACACAAUAUACAUUGUUCAUUGAGAAGGUGUAUGAUUCAGAUGCUGGACUGUAUGUGGUUCGGGCUAAAAAUUCUAGCGGCACAGUGUCCUCCAGUGCCGUCCUCCGUGUGAAAGGUAACUGGCCAUCUAUAAAACGAGUAGACUGGAUAACCCUUUGUGCUUUCUACUUGAUUGCAUCACUCGCCCACUGGUUGUUCACUUAGCACAGCCAACUGACUUCACUGAACUUUAACACUCACCAAAGGAGUCAACAGCAAGCAGCCAUAUUUUGAGGCACCUCACUUCACCUUUGACACUCUUGCUUAUCGGUCACGCUGAAUGUAGUGCUUUUGAUAUUCCUGUUCCAGGCAUACUAAAGGAAGUUGUCCUUUAGUCUACAGUACAAUGGCAUAAUGCAAAGAAAUAUGUACGCAUGGGGGAGGAAUGUUCUUUAUUAGAUAAUGAAGAUGAUUGUAUGAAUAUAAAUAUACCUCUAAAGAUUAUGAGAAAAUAUGUCACUGGACUAUGAUUGACCUGUGUAACACAAUAUGCUUGCUUCAUUCUAUAUACAGCUUACAAAUAUAUUGUUUUGAUGCUAUUUUGUGAAAAAGCAAUAGAGAGAGAAAGAGAAUCUUUUUGUACAUUAUACACACACACACAAUAGCACCAUUUCUAUAGAAGGUCACUAUUAAAGCUGAAGGAAUAGUAGCUUAGAGCCACUAAAAGUACAA